GCGGGCGCGGCGAAGGCGGCGACAUCCGCGUGGCCGGUCGGAGCCCGCGCAGCGGCUGAGGCGUUGGCUCCCCCGCGGCCGGCCGCUCGCGCCCGCGCGCCGUGGCGAUGCCGGACCAGAUCUCCGUGUCGGAAUUCGUGGCCGAGACCCAUGAGGACUACAAGGCGCCCACGGCCUCGAGCUUCACCACGCGCACGGCGCAGUGCCGGAACACCGUGGCGGCCAUCGAGGAGGCUUUGGACGUGGACCGGAUGGUUCUUUACAAAAUGAAGAAAUCCGUGAAAGCGAUAAACAUCUCUGGGCUGGCUCAUGUGGAAAAUGAGGAGCAGUACACCCAAGCUCUGGAGAAGUUUGGCGGCAACUGCGUGUGCAGGGAUGACCCGGACCUGGGGAGCGCGUUCCUGAAGUUCUCGGUGUUCACAAAGGAGCUGACGGCACUUUUCAAAAACCUGAUUCAGAAUAUGAACAACAUCAUCUCCUUCCCUCUGGACAGUUUGCUGAAGGGGGACCUGAAAGGAGUGAAAGGGGAUCUGAAAAAGCCUUUUGAUAAAGCUUGGAAGGACUAUGAAACCAAAAUAACCAAAAUAGAAAAGGAGAAGAAGGAGCAUGCCAAGCUGCACGGCAUGAUCCGCACUGAGAUAAGUGGGGCUGAGAUCGCCGAGGAGAUGGAGAAGGAGCGGCGAUUCUUCCAGCUGCAGAUGUGCGAGUAUCUGCUGAAGGUCAAUGAAAUUAAGAUUAAAAAAGGAGUGGAUUUACUUCAGAAUCUGAUCAAAUAUUUUCAUGCGCAAUGCAAUUUUUUUCAGGAUGGACUAAAGGCAGUUGAAAGCCUCAAACCUUCCAUUGAGACACUUUCCACAGAUCUUCACACAAUCAAACAGGCCCAGGAUGAAGAAAGAAGGCAGUUGAUACAGCUCCGGGAUAUUUUGAAAUCAGCAUUGCAGGUUGAACAGAAAGAGUCUAGGAGAGAUUCCCAGCUUCGCCAGAGUACAGCCUACAGCCUUCAUCAGCCUCAGGGAAACAAAGAACACGGGACCGAGCGCAACGGCAACCUCUACAAGAAAAGCGACGGGAUCCGAAAAGUGUGGCAGAAAAGGAAAUGUUCAGUCAAGAAUGGUUUUCUGACCAUAUCCCAUGGUACUGCUAACCGGCCUCCUGCAAAACUCAACCUACUAACGUGUCAAGUGAAGACCAACCCUGAGGAGAAAAAAUGUUUUGACCUUAUUUCACAUGACAGGACGUACCACUUCCAAGCUGAAGACGAGCAGGAAUGUCAAAUAUGGAUGUCCGUGCUACAGAACAGCAAAGAAGAAGCCCUAAACAACGCCUUCAAGGGUGACGACAACACGGGAGAAAACAACAUCGUCCAAGAGCUGACCAAGGAGAUCAUCUCCGAAGUGCAGAGGAUGACGGGCAACGACGUGUGCUGUGACUGCGGGGCCCCAGAUCCCACAUGGCUUUCCACCAACCUGGGCAUUCUGACCUGCAUCGAGUGUUCUGGAAUCCACCGGGAGCUGGGCGUUCACUACUCGCGGAUGCAGUCCCUGACAUUAGAUGUAUUAGGAACGUCAGAGCUGCUGCUUGCCAAGAAUAUUGGGAACGCAGGCUUUAAUGAGAUUAUGGAGUGUUGCCUUCCAGCUGAGGACCCGGUCAAACCCAACCCAGGCAGCGACAUGAAUGCCAGGAAAGACUACAUUACUGCCAAGUACAUUGAGAGGAAAUAUGCAAGGAAAAAACACGCGGAUAACACGGCAAAACUGCACAGCCUGUGUGAGGCCGUCAAAACAAGAGAUAUUUUUGGGUUACUCCAGGCAUAUGCUGAUGGUGUGGACCUUACAGAAAAAAUUCCACUGGCCAAUGGACAUGAGCCAGAUGAAACCGCCCUCCACCUUGCAGUCAGAUCCGUGGACCGGACUUCUCUUCACAUUGUAGACUUUUUAGUUCAGAACAGUGGGAACCUGGACAAACAGACAGGGAAGGGCAGCACGGCCCUGCAUUACUGCUGCCUGACGGACAACGCUGAGUGCCUCAAGCUGCUCCUGCGGGGGAAGGCCUCCAUCGAGAUAGCUAAUGAGUCAGGAGAGACACCCCUGGAUAUUGCCAAGCGCCUCAGGCAUGAGCACUGUGAGGAGCUGCUGACCCAAGCCUUAUCUGGAAGGUUCAAUUCUCACGUUCACGUCGAGUACGAGUGGCGCUUGCUCCAUGAAGACCUGGAUGAAAGCGAUGAUGAUAUGGACGAGAAACUGCAGCCCAGUCCCAGUCGGCGAGAAGACCGGCCCGUCAGCUUCUACCAGCUGGGCGCCAACGCUGCGUCUCUGGCCAGAGACACUGCCAGCCUGGCCAAGGAGAAGCAGAGGAGCUACGUGCCCAGCAUCUUGCAGAACGAGACGUAUGGCGCCAUCCUGAGCGGCAGCCCGCCACCCUCCCAGCCUGCGGCCCCCAGCACCACCAGCGCCCCCCCACUGCCCCCACGGAAUGUUGCCAAAGUUCAGACAGCCGCCUCCGCUAACACCCUGUGGAAGACAAACUCUGUAAGUGUGGACGGUGUAAGCAGGCAGCGAUCUUCGUCAGAUCCGCCAGCUGUCCAUCCACCGCUGCCCCCUCUUCGCGUGACAUCUACCAAUCCCUUGGCUCCCACGCCACCGCCUCCGGUAGCAAAAACGCCCAGUGUGAUGGAAGCCUUGAGCCAGCAGAACAAGCCGGCCCAGCCUGGGGUCCCACUGGGCAAAGCCACCCCCCCACCCCUGCCACCCCAGCCACCCAGCCGUCUCCCGCAGAAGAGGCCUGCGCCCGGGACUGACAAGACGAGCCCACUGGUCAACAAAAGCCAGCCAAGAGGACCUGCAGUGGAUCUCUCGGGAACAGAAGCUCUGGGUCCUCUGUCCAACACCGCGGCCAUGCAGCCCCCAGCGCCCAUGCCCAGGAAAUCACAGACAACCAAGCUGAAGCCGAAGCGGGUUAAAGCCCUCUACAACUGCGUGGCUGACAACCCAGACGAGCUGACAUUCUCUGAGGGGGACGUGAUCAUCGUGGAUGGGGAGGAGGACCAAGAGUGGUGGAUUGGCCACAUCGAUGGAGAUCCCAGUCGCAAAGGAGCCUUUCCUGUAUCUUUUGUGCACUUUAUUGCCGACUAAAUUGCUACUGACACCUAACGGUUGUUAUGUUCCUGUUUUCGUUAUGGGUACCCAAACUCUUGCCAAAUAACCAGUUUCGUGGAUUGCACGGUAGCCCACUUUCUCUAAUGCCACUGUUCUGUUUUUAAAACUCAAAGGCAAUUUAUAUAGAUAAGUGAAUUGUUUUUAUAAUUUGUGAUUUUCAUGAAACAUUACUAUACUUUCAUUGGGAAAAACAGAAUUUCCUAAAGGGUGAACUGCAAAGUUAUUUUAACUACAUAAUCAAGAUCUUGAAUCUGCAGAAUUAGGUAAACCGAGAAACAUGAGUAUUGGAUAGAAAUUCUUCCUGCGUCCCUUGGCCCAUUUCUGAAGUUGGUGACCCUUAGCGUCAUUAUUGUUUUAGGAAGCCAGUCAAGUGUUGCUUCACAAGUCCCUGACCAGCCUGGACUUUUGAGAUAAAAUGCUAUCAGUUCACCAUUCAAGGCAUUUUUUUAAGAAGCUAUCUUUAAAGAUUUCCUUUGAAAUCCACCCAACAUUUAUUUAAAGCAAUUUGGAAAUUUACACAUUAGCGUUGUACUUUCCAACCCUAAUUUGUGACGUUGCAACUAUCAUUGUAUUCUGCAUGUGUGUAUAACCUAUUGUGAACAAUCCUACUUAACAAAACUACCAAUAGUUUACUAGGGCAUACGGUAAAAUAGCAGUUAAUUCAGUUCCAGGUUAUAUAAAACUGUAUUUCCUGAAUUUGGUUAAAAACUAAGGAUGAUGGAUUGCAAAGCAGUUCUUUAUACUCGUUUGUAUGCUUUAGGUGUGUUGGAGUUUGCCUUCUUGAACUUCAUCACACAGAUAAGAACCCUGGUGCAGCCCCCGCUUAUUACCACCUACGUGCUAUUUCCUGUUGAGUGUACGUACCACUGCCUCCCCUUUCUAGCUCAUGAGAAUGUUUGCUCACUUUAGCAUCUUGUAUUUAUAUAAUAUACCAACAGGAAUGGUAGUUACACUGUCUUAAACUUUAAUCUGUCCAUUUGUUUGUAAUCAAGAGCAUAUCAGAAAUCUGUAGGUCCCAGGUAAUACCUCCAGAACAUCCAGCUUUACUAUUGAUGUCCAUCAUGUCAUUCUUAAACUUAAGCUACUAGGGCUAGGGGGAUUAGGUUGUAUAUGAUAAAAUUGAAAUUCCUUAGUUUCAUGAACUUGACUGUCAUACCUCUAUUUAGUCAUUGUGAGCCUAAGUUCAUAGGAGGAAUAUUGGAAAUUUUGGCAUUCUCUGAUAAUAAAUAGGCAUAUAAUGUUCACUUGGAUUUUUACCAAAAGUAAAGGAAUAAAUUUAAGUAUAGGCUUGGAAAGUGAGGUGAUGAUGCUUUUUAUUGCAUUUGUUAUGAUGGUACAUUUGAUUGAAGCAGCCUGUCUUUAUUAUGCAAGACUCUAGUAAGUGUAGAGUUUUUGUUUUUGUUUUAAUUGCAUUGUAUGUUUUGUUGCUAUUAUAAAGAAGACUGAACAAACUGGAAUGUUUUAUGAUGUUGUAUGGCAACUGCUUUUUGCCUUUCAAAGUUCCGGGUAGACAUCUGUAAUUAAAGUCUUUUUUUUAAAGCACUACA